GCUGUUUGCGUGAUCGCACCCCAGGCCACUCUAGGAGUCUAGCUGAGCAUCUGAUCUAGCUGUAUUGAAGGACUCUCGAGUACUUCCACUUCCGCUAGUUGAUUUGGUCGUGUGCCGUGUUCCAGAAGACGUCGUUCUGAAAUCAUGAGCUCCAAAAUAACCAAGGAGACGCUGUCCGAGUGCAUCAAAACGGUCUUGCGAGAGUCGGCGCAGAAGCGCCGCAAGUUCCUCGAGUCGGUGGAGCUCCAGGUCGCGCUCAAGAACUACGAUCCCCAGAAGGACAAACGUUUCUCAGGAACCGUCAAGCUAAGGUACAUCCCUAGGCCGAAGUUCCGUGUGUGCGUUUUGGGUGACCAACAACACUGCGAUGAGGCCAAACGCCACAACCUCGACUGCUUUGACGUUGAGCAACUGAAGAAGCUCAACAAAAACAAGAAGCAAGUUAAGAAACUUGCCAAGAAGUAUCAUGCGUUCAUGGCGUCCGAGUCGCUGAUCAAGCAGAUUCCGCGUCUUCUGGGCCCUGGUUUGAACAAGGCAGGGAAGUUCCCCACGCUGCUUACCCACAAUGAUUCCAUGAUAGCUAAGCUUGACGAUAUCAAGGCCACCAUCAAGUUCCAGAUGAAGAAGGUGCUGUGCCUUGCAGUUGCUGUCGGGAAUGUCGGGAUGAAGCCGGACGAGCUGGCCCUGAACAUCACCCUGGCCGUCAACUACCUAGUAUCUCUUUUGAAGAAGAACUGGCAGAACAUUCGUUCCCUGCACAUCAAGUCCACCAUGGGUCCGCCCCAGAGACUCUACUGAGCCCUGUUUUGGCGUACCGCGUUAGGUAGCUGCCAUUAAAUGCGCAGUGCCUUAUCCUA